AUGGAUAGAGAUCCGCCAAAGCCUAUUCCACCAUUUCCUUUUAAUAAUUUUCCGCCACAAAUGAAUCCAAUGAUGCAGAUGCCUAUGAUGCAGCAGCCACCAAUGCAAUUUCCGCCACCUCAACCGCAACAACCUCAAAUGAUGAACUAUGUACAGAACAUCAUGAGACAAAGGAAUAUCCCACCAUAUUAUCUUCAAGAUCCAAACUUUAGACAGAACUUCAUUCAGUCAAUUAUGCCUCAGCAAAAACCCGCGCCAUUUUAUCCAAUGCCACCACCUCAGCCAAUGAUGCAGAAAAAGAGGCCAUUCGACAGAUACGAUGAUUAUGAUGAUGAAGAAGUCGUUGAUGAUGAACCAUCCUCUGAAGAAGCACAAUUUACUGAUGAAAGCGAAGAGUCUCCAGAAGAGAACUUCUCUGAGAUGAAUGAUGACUAUGUUACAUCUGAUCCAGGCACAAGGAGAACAGCUGGACGCGAACACCAUAGCGCUCAGAAUUUCAGUGAUGAUGAUGACACUCUUGAAGAAGAAGAGUUCGUUGAAGGACCAGCCCAAGUCGAAGAGUCAAAGAUCGAGCACAUUUACGUCUCCAGAGUUGGCAAAGACGACAUUGAGUACCUUGUUCACUUCCAGGACCAGAAGGACUGCUUAUCUCAGUGGAUUCCAGAGUCCCUUCUUAUGUGCCUUGAUAACGCUAACUACCAUCUUACACGUUUCAAACAAUCUCCAGUAGAUAUUACAUCUGCUGAAGGCAAAGACAUUGUUCCGAUAGCAUACCGCAAGAACGAUAAUGUCAAUGAACUUCUUUACCGCUUCACAUUCGAUACUAAUACUCUUCUUUACUGGGAUGCCGUUGAUGAGAAAACACUUAACGACUUCAAGAACUCUAGACAUCGCGUCGAUGUUUCUGACGCUCCUCUCCCAACAGGCGACCUCCCAGAACCAACAUCAAGCAUCAUCAAUGACUCGGCCAAUCAACAGUUACGCGAGUACCAGUUACAAGGCCUUCAGUGGCUCAUCAAAUGCUGGCGCGAUGGCCAUGGCUCCAUUCUCGCUGAUGAAAUGGGUCUUGGAAAGACAAUUCAAGUCUUAUCUUUCUUAACUUACUUGAACAGAUACACAGACUGGCACGGUCCAUUCGUAAUUGCUGUUCGUACCAACACAUUCAAGCAGUGGUGCGAGGAAAUCGAGAAAUGGACAGAUUUGUCCUUCAUUCCUUACAGCUCUGGCCCAGCUCAGCGUAAGAUCAUCAGAGAAUUCCAGUUCCCAUUCCUCGACGAUAACGGUAGUCCAAUUCCAAAUACAUUCUCCUUCAACAUUUUACUUGUCAGCUACGAUGUCUUCCUCAAAGACUCAGAAUUCCUCGACCAAAUCAACUGGCAAGUCCUUGUUGUCGAUGAAGGCCACCGUAUCAAGAACUCCGAGGGCAAGAAGAACAACGCAAUGAAGAAAUUGAACGUAAAACACAGGAUUCUUCUUACAGGAACACCAGUACAAAAUACCCUUCAGGAACUUUGGACCCUCCUCAAUUUCAUUUCACCUGACCAAUUUGAGGAAAAUCCAGAAUUCCUUCAAGGUGAUAUCGAAUCUCUCGACAAAGAUACAUUGGAGUCACUUCGCAAGCGUAUUCACCCACAUCUCCUCCGUCGUACUCUCGCUAACGCCGAAAGAACAAUCGCUCCAAAGGAAGAGAAGAUUGCUUUCGUUUCUCUUUCAAAUGUCCAAAGAGAGUUGAUCAGACUUAUCCAGUUACACGGCAUGUGGCGUCUUAACGGCAUCCAAAUCGAUGAAUCUACAGUAGAUACAUCACAUGAAUCCGCAUCCAUCCAGAAAGUCUGUUGCCAUCCAUUCCUUAUCGAAGGUGCCGAAGAAUAUUACACAAAGAAGUUCAAUCUCUCAAGACUCGAACUUUUGACUCAAUUAUCUACAAAAUUCGUUUGGCUUUCUAAAGUUCUUGCAGAAUUGAAGCGCGACAACCACAAAGUACUCAUUUUCUCACAGAAAGUACAAUUACUACACAUCCUUCGCGAGUUCUGCAUGUUAUCUCAGUACAAUAACGAAUUAUUAAUCGGAGAAAUGUCCGAUAUUGAGAAAUCCGAAGCUAUUGACAGAUAUUCCAAGUCCCCAGACUCCUUUGUCUUCCUUAUUUCCACACGCGCCGGUUCAGAAGGUCUUAAUUUAACUGUUGCAGACACAGCCAUCAUUUUCGAUCCAGACUGGAACCCACAGAACGAUCUCCAAGCACAGGCAAGAGUCCACAGAAUUGGCCAGACCCAGAAAGUCGAUGUUGUCAGGCUAAUUACCUAUCAAACAUACGAACACGAGAUGUUUGUCAGAGCACAAAGAAAACUCGGUUUGUGGCUUGAUCUUUUAGGCGAAGAAGGUGCUCCUAAAGAGUACGGAACAGAGAAUACAUCACCAUUACCACCUCCUCCAUACAUUGAAUCUACAAUGAACAUCAAUCCAAACAUGAAUUUGUUGGAACAACUCAGUACAGUUGUCAACGAUUUCAGUUUGGCCAGUUUGCCGAGAUUGGAGAAACCAAUGAGUGAAGUUCCAAAUUACUCAGAUGGAACAAGUGAUGAAGCAUUCCUUGCCAAGUUCCCUGUUGUUGCCGAUGACCAGAUCACGAGACGUGUGAAACACUCCCAUUCAUACGAUGCUUUCAUUGACAGCGCAAGAGCAUACGAGAUUUGGGACGAAUUCAGACAAGUCGGAUAUGGAAAAUGGGACCAAAUGGCAGAGAAAUUCACCGGACAUUCUCCAAACCAACUCGAGAGAUUCUGUCAUUCAAUAUUAAUUCUCUGUUUCAGAGCUCUUCCGCCAAUGCAAAUGGUCACUUUCCCAUUCUUAGUCAAGAGACUCAUCCACGAUGUCAUUGACUUUUCAUUCGACAUGCUCUUGUGCUCGAGAAAAGGAAAGUGGAUCCACGCUGUAUCUGAGGAACACGAGCUUUCCAUCGAAAUCUCCGCUUGCAAGCCAUUGAAGGACACAAUUUACGACCAAGGAUACGAUUACUUGACAACAAUCGAAUCGAAACUCAUCGCGAAAACAUGGUUGACUUUCAAUGACAAGUCAAUGUUCAAUUUCGCAAAGACCGCUCCUAACUACACCCGCCGCGACAGAGAGAUCUUCGAAUCAAUCGUUGCUGACAGAUCUGAUUUCGACCCAUUCGAUGACAGAGUGGUCGCUUUCAUUAAUUUGAUGAAAAGUGACAUCAUUGCAGGUGGUCGUAUCUUUGCUGCCCAACAGUUUGAUUACUGGACACAGCCUGAGUACCAACAGGUUAUUAACAUGAUGAAGAACUUCACGUUCUCAUUUGAGAAUCCAAUUGACAUGCAUCAGAAGACAGGAUUAGUUUCAAAGACAACUGAACAAGUCAUUAUCUUUGUAACUAAUUUACUCAACAUCGUCAGCAAGCCUGUGAAGAAACUUCCAUGGCCAAUUGGUCCAUCAUUCACUCUGUUCGAUAGAGCACCAGAAGAAAUCAAGUCAUCGAAGGGAGCAACGACAUGGACAAGUAUAACAAAGAAGGAUUAUACUGAAAUUGUCGAAAGAUCGAAUUGUUUGAGACUCAUCAAACAAAGACUUGAAAGACUUGGCCAGUUCCCAGAAACAACAACAUGGUCUAACUACCACACAAGGAUUCUCUUCAAUAACAUCUUGAAGUUCGGUUUCGAUGCAAUGACAUCAAUUCUUUUGGACAAGAAGAUCGGAUUAGUCAGGAUGUUGAACAAACACGACAAGAGAUUCGUCGAAGGAAAACUCAAACAGAGAAUCCACGAACCAGGAGCUCCUCCAGAUUUCGUCCUUACACAGGAAGAACUCAUGAGAUUCAUGAGAGUAGAAGACUGCGACUCAAAGUUCGACCAGUUCAAGAUGAUGAACUACACAUUCGUCCCGCCAGAACAACACGUGGAAUGGAACUGGGAAGCUGCUGAGGAAGAAGAGUCUGAGUACUUACCAGAUGAACUCGAUAUGCAGCCACAGAUGCUACGUAAGAUAAGAAGAGAAGAGGAUGAAGAAGAAGGUGCUUUCAAUCCUCAUUUGUUGAGUGAUGAUGAAUAA